AUGCAGUAUUUUGCAUUGCAUCAAGAGUCCUGUGUUGGUCGCUGUGGCAUCUUCAACCCGCUGACCAAAUGUCAGUGUGACUCCAUGUGUGUGUACUAUGGAAGCUGCUGUGGAGACUUUGACAAUAUCUGCCCUAAAAAAGUUGCUCGUGGCGAUACUUUUGGAGAAACAGAUGGAGUAACAGAAACAGUGACGGCGACUAUGAUCGAGAGCACACCAAAAGAUCUACCACCAACUUUCAACACAGUCGCAGAAACCACCACUGCCUAUCCCCAGCCCCCUACUACACAAGGACCCCAGACCACACAAGGGCCCACUCCACCUGUAGACCCUGACUCAGCUGUCUGCAGCGGUGAACCUUUUGAUGCUUUUCUGCAGCUGAAGAAUGGGUCGAUAUAUGCAUUUAGAGGUGAAUAUUUCUUCGAGUUGGAUGAUACAUCCGUUCUUCCUGGGUACCCAAAACUCAUUGAGGAUGUGUGGGGGAUGUCAGGACCCAUAGACGCUGCAUUCACACGCAUCAACUGCCAGGGAAAAUCCUACAUCUUCAAGGGGAACAAGUACUGGAGGUUUGACGGUGAUGUCUUGGAUGACGACUAUCCUCGAGACAUUUCAGUCGGAUUUGAUGCCAUACCAGAUAACGUUGAUGCUGCGUUUGCCAUACCAGCACCGAGUCACCUUGGCAAAGAGAAAACCUACUUUUUCAAAGGGGACAAGUAUUACCAGUAUGAGUUCAAGCACCAGCCUUCCCAUGAGGAGUGCGUCCAGAUGAGCAGGUCCUCUCCGUCUGUGCUGUUCUCACGAUACACCGACCUCUUCUGCGAUCAGACAUUGGAGGAUUUAUUCAUGGAGCUCUUUGGAAGCUCCUUCAGCAGUCCUCACACAGGCCCUCGUUACACCAGCAGGGACUGGCAGGGCAUCAGGGCCCCUGUAGAUGCUGCCAUGGUGGGACGAGUGUACAUCAGUCCCGUGCCUACACCUCCAACAGCAAGGAGGCGCAGCAGCAGGAGGAGGAGGCCCAGCAAGAAGCGUGCACAGCGAAGAAGGCUGAGUCGCCAAGCGUUGUUUGAUGAUUUCUGGGGAUUAGAUGAUUUGUUUGACUACAGCGAUGUCAGCGAUAUUUUUGAGGAGAGCACCACACAGGACGACAAAAGCACCCCUGUUCAAAAUGUUUAUUUCUUCAAGAGAGAUAAAUACUACAGAGUGGACCUGCAAACAAAACGUGUGGACUCUGCCAGCCCUCCUUACCCACGAUCCAUUGCGAAAUACUGGCUGGGCUGCAAGAGUGAAGAGACACCUGAUGCAUCAAGAGCAGAGAAGAGAUAGACCAACUAAGUCAAUGAGGAGAAUUUCACUCUGUGUUUUAAGCACACCUUAGUGACAAGUCUUAAUUACAGUAAUUACUAAGUGAACAUAUAAUAGCUUGGGUUAUUUUUAUUCUUAAGGCAUUAAGUUAGUGUUAAAUGCACCCAUAUGAUGUCUCCUCUAAAUUUCAGCAACUAGGCUGAAAUUCUGCAUGAUUAAAUAAACUUGAGAUUCCAGUUA